AUGGUGAAUUUUUCCGAGCUUCCCCGGGAGAUUCGAGACAUGAUCUGGCCCCUCGUCCUUCGAGAUAAUCAUCCAGGCGUUCAUAUCUUCAGGCACUACGACGAGAAGAAGGAAUUCAUGACCGAAGGCCGCUCUCUCAUGUAUGGCAACCUCUUAAGUGAUAUACUAUCCGAGCCGUCGCCUGACAAAUACUUUGCCAACCUGGAUAAGGACUGCAAGAACGAGAACGUCUCCACGUAUCUCAUCGACGCUGCGAUGUGGAAGACCUGCAAAGAGUCGCGACUUACCAUCGAAAAGUAUUUCAGCCAGUAUAAGUGGUCUGCUGAGGAAUGGUGGCGGUCCGCGCGAAGUGACUCUAGAGGUUGGGAUGAGUAUCCUUUCCACAGUGUGUUUAAGGUGCCCUCCACAGGAUGCUUCGAGGGAGGCUCCCCAAGUUAUUUGACCGUCUUCCCUCGCAAAGAUCGGUUCGUUUUCCAACCCGAUAAACUAGACGGUAUGGAUUGGUCUUCUUUCGCGAGGCGUCUAACGAAAGGUGACACCCGGCCGGCUUUUCAGCGACUCCAGCACAUUGCAAUUGAAUAUGAUCCAGAGUGGUGGGGCGUAACACAUCGUUGGAAUGUUCCAAUGGUCUAUCAGUUGGAGGAAGCUGCUUUCGCCCUAAAGGACAUCCAAAAGCUAUGGUUUAUUGAUCACAAUCUCAAAAGAAAAAAGAAUGCGCCAGCUUUUGACGAAACAUGGGAUCGCUGGGAAUCGCCCAAUGCAUUCUACGCCAGAGACAGGAAGUUCCUGGAAAUCGACUGGCGUAAUUUUGGCGCACUGGAAGACUGGGAGUAUGUAAUGCCAGUAGACAGGUCAGAUAUACUUGGCAAUUCUUCAGUUGGGCUUGCGCGGCAGUUGAACGACUAUAUCCGUUCCAGCUCUACUCGUUUGGAGGGACCUAGGCGUUACUGCGAAUCGGACUUCUUGGAUGGGAUGAACUUUGACUUCUUGAUAUGA